AAAUUACAAAUUGAUUCUACACCAAGUAUAUUGAGUGCAUGAAAUAUAAUAUUACUUUUCUUCAAUUGUGUAAUUUAUUUUAACAUCAUGAGGGUUUGGAUUAGCUCCAUGUUGUUUUUAACGCAAUACGCGAUAGGCGCACCUGAUUUAUCAUCAGUUGCAACAACCAGUACAAGAAGCACACCGAAACCCUUAAUGCCAAAUUUAGCAACUGCACAGACCGAUCUAUACCGUCGUACUCUCUUCGAUACACUGGACUUUUGGAGCGGAGAGUCAUUGAAAUUAAAAAAAGACGAUAAAGACUGCAGAAAAAAUAAUAUAGACAUCAAUAGUAGUGAGACAAGUAAAACUGAAAAAGUGAAAAGCGGUAGGAGACGCCAAGAAGAACACAAACAAUCAACAAGGUUUGCGCUGGCGGACAUGGAGCAAAACAGCACACAGCCAGAGGACAAGAGCAGAGAAACUGAAAAUCACGAAGGCGGAUAUAAACUCAACGGAUAUACGCUGUACGAAGACUUGACAAGAUUAAUGGAAAAAAUAGAUGCGAACACCUCUGUCUCCGUAAUAGCAAGAACUGCUGAGUUCCACAAUAUAGUGCUAGUCAAAAUGAGUUCCAAACAACAUAGCAGGUACUUCAGAGCUAUGGAUGACAAAUAUGUUGACGAAAAACCAGAAAAAAAGAUAAUACUUAUCGUUCACGGCCUAUCCCCUAAGGGCUUCACUACCAUUCCAUGUUUAUAUGAGAAAUACAGCUUUAUGAAGUUAGUGAAAAUGUACGCAAGUCAUUUGGAUAAAUUUGAUAUAUUUUUAAUACCCAUGGGAAAUCCUGAUGGUAUUGCGGACAAGACUCUUCUCUUAUGGAACAAGAACAAAUCGCCUCAAGAAGCAUGCUUUGGCGUGAACGUGGACCGCAACUUCGACGUAUAUUGGAACAAGAGCCACGGCGCGAGCAGUUGUACACAGGUUUACCCGGGACAAGCCCCCUUCUCGGAGCACGAGAGCCGUGCCGUGGCGGAUCUUAUCCACCAUUACAACCACAAGAUUGCAGCGUACAUUCACGUUCAUGCUGGGACUUAUGGUGGUAUAACAUUCAAGGGAGACGCAUUACUUUUUCCCAAAGGACACAUAGACCAAGUGCAUACCGAUGAUAAGUACUCCGACAUAGAGGCGGGCGUCGAAGAAGCUAUGAGGAACGCCGGAUUCAAAGUGUAUGGUGUCACUGUGUCGAGCUUAUACCGAUGGUACGGACAAGUCAGUGGAUCAAGUGUUGACUACGCUACUACGGUAUAUGGCAUUCCUUAUGCCAUGGAGUUCGUGAUGCAACCGUACGAAGAAUACCGCUCACCAAACACCACUUCCGAAGAAAUACAGGAUAACAUCCUCACCGAAGUCUGGCAAAGAGUCAUUGAUGUAGUCUUCAGCACCAUUUACAAAAGUACAACUCCGCAGCAUUCCUCCGGAGAAUAAAAUAAGAAGAGAGUAGAAAGAUGUUUCAGUUGA